AAUGGGGCCUGCGAGCGUACGGGCGCGUGUACGUGGGCGCGUGGCUAUUAAUUGCCCGGCUGCGAGCCUGCGUGGCUGCGUAAGGGAGGGUUGCGCACCUGCUCAUUCGUGCGUACGUGCGUACGAGGGUACGAGUCUGCGCACAAGAGGGGCGUCAGCAUCUCUGCCAGCUCAUCCGGGUGAAGGACAGCUGUCGGCUGCGCCCUGUGCUCGGUGCCCGGGCGGCGGAGUGAGUGUCGACGGCGCUGAGGCAGCCACGACGCGGGCCGGGCGCUCUGUCCUCUCUCCGCGGAGCGCGUCGUCUCGUAGCCUGGGCGUGGGAGGCGGUGGUCCUGCCGCGGGUGUCCUCACGAGACCACGGGGAGGCGGAGGACUGUCCUGCCAUGUGGCCGCCGCCUGGUCAGCCGAGCGGGCCCUUGACUCGCUCGGCGGGACCCGCUCCGCCAGUCCGAAGGAAGUCGGAACCCGUCAGGCGCAUGCCAGCAGCUCUGCCCUCGGCGCGCAAGGUUACCUCUGGGCUGGGGUUUCCCGGACCCUGUGCCUGGGAGCACCAGCAGAGUGGCGGAGGCCACCCUUCUCGGCCCCGGCCCCGACUCCGCCACCGUCACGCACCCACCAUCCUUCCACGGGCGUGGAGCAGCGACGUUCGUCUGGGCCUAGAAGCGCCAGUGUGCAGGUCCACGCGCACCGGUGCGCCGCCGUUCCUGUGCUCAGCGCCACCCGCAUGGCCCUUGGUGAAGAAGCCAAGACAAGUGGGAAAGCGCGUCAUCCCAAGUCCACAGAACAGGCCGUGGAAGGUCCGAGGAGCUCUGGGAAGAUGACGUUCGGCUGCCUGUCCUUCCGGCAGCCUUAUGCAGGUUUCGUAUUAAACGGGGUCAAGACGGUGGAGACGCGCUGGCAUCCGCUGCUGAGCGGCUACCGCAGCUGUACCAUCGCCAUCCACAUUGCUGUCCGGGACUGGGAAGAUGCCACCUGGAGGAAGCUGCUGGUGGACAGGCUGGGGGUGACCCCCGCUCAGCUCGAGGCCUUGCUUCGGGAAGGGGAGAAGUACGGCCGUGGAGUGGUAGCUGGGCUCGUGGACAUUGGGGACACUGUGCGGUGCCCAGAACUACUAGCUCCUGACGAGGCUGCACACCUAGAAAGCCAAGCCGUGCUGGCGGACCUGAAGCACAAGUACCUGACCACCCUGGCCAACCCCAGGUGGCUACUGGAGCCCAUCCCCAGGAGAGGCGGGAAGGACGUCUUCCAGGUAGACAUCCCAGAGCACCUGAUCCCCUCAGGCGGGAGGCCUGACGAGCAUGGGCGCCUCAGAGGAAGGUUGCCAAGAGAGCAGGCCGAUCAGGACCCGUCAGCCGGCCCCGCACCGCGCAUGCUCGAGUCGGCUGCGAGGUGUAUCGGCAGCGCCAUGGACAGCGCUGCCCAGAGUGUGCUGCUGCCCUAAGCAGGUCCCCACUCGGCUGCAGGGGAUGGGGGAGCGGGACUGUCCUUGUGGGACACCCCCUGGGCUGGCGACAGAGGCUCAGGGACUCUGACCUUUAGGGCAGAGGGAAAGCUGCCAGUGAAUGGCUUUGUGCUGCCACCAAUUUUGGUCCGGCUGAUUCCUGGAGCGUACAAAGAAGUGUGUUUUAAGCGACCUGCUUCGUGCGCUCCCCUCUCUGGUCAAAAUUCGUGGAAGGCUCGACCAGCACCCGGGGGACAAGUGGGCGCCGAAUGAUGGCCCGAGAGAGGCCAGCCGUGGACAGCCUCGUUCACGAACAAGAGGACAUCAGGCUUAGAAGUGGAUCGAGCACCUGUCCGUCCUUGCUUGUGACUCUCGCCGCAUUGUGACAGUGUCUGCUGGCUCAUGAAGCAUGCGUGCUGGACCUGUCCCCCCAGCUACUUGAUGUCCAAGGAAGGGGCCCUAAGUACAGCUCUGACGAAAAAGUG